AUGGAAGACUAUCAAAGGUGGCGAAGAAGAGAACUUAACGAGAGGAAUAAGAGGAGGCCCGAGUACAGGUAUUUUCCAAACAGAACCGCCUUUCACACCUUCGGGUUCACCCUCGCCACCUGUCUGUCCGUUAUGGGAAUAUCGUCGCUGCUGAUUGUGGUUCUGGAGAGAGCCGCCGAAAAAAAUGACCAAAAGAAAAGGUAUCAAGAACGGUUCGUUAAAACAGACAUGUUCAGAGACAACCUUUCACUCGUUUGGGGGUCGCUCCACAGAAACGACGUCGAGUUCCAGAGGAGAAGGCUCAAUCUGCCGGCGCAACCGGCUUCGUCCGUUAUGAUCAGGGACCCUGAGGUUAAGUACCCUGAGCCCACUGGCCAAGUAACUUUGUAA